AUGGGCCACCCCGACCUCGAAAUCCCAGGCCUUCCAGAUGCCAGCGAAGAUCUUUCCCAAGAUUUCGACUGGCCCGAGGCUGGGCCUUCCAAACCUGCCGCCAAUUCGGGCAUUGUUGGUCCAGUUGGAGCAAAAGCCAUUGCCGCAAUGACAGGUGCCAUGACAACCAGCCUGUUAAUGACUCCGUUCGACGUUCUCAAGACACGGUUGCAAACCGUGCAGCCCCACUUGCGACCCGCAUUCUUACCACCACCCGUUGAAUGUUGUCAAACCCCGCUGCUCUCCACUCAAGCAAACGUCAUCUGUGGUACUUCUACCCUGCCCGGAGCGGCUCAGCCUCGGCCAACAGCCACCAUUGCGGUUGCUCCAGCUGGCUGCUAUCACCCAUCCAAGUGGGCAGGGAUUUGGGGCGAGGCCAUGAGCUUGGAGGCUGCUCUCAGCCGUGGCGUACUCGGACCCAAGGGAUCGUUGCGUGCUGCUUUGCAAAACACACCCAGUGGCUUUUGGUCCGAGGUCGCCACUGUGCGGCGUGAGAAUGGGUUGCGGGGACUGUGGAAGGGUGUGGGCACGACUCUCACAAUGUCGGUCCCAUCAUCGGCCAUCUACAUGCUCGGCUACGAGUAUCUGCUUGGUGUGAUCUCACCGCUGUUCACCGACUCUCCAAACGCUACUCUUACCCCUGCACCUCUUCUUGCUGGGUCAUUGGCGCGCACAUUUAGCGCUACUGUCAUUUCACCCAUCGAAAUGUUUCGUACCAGGCUCCAGGCUUUGCCAAUGCCAAACCACCCUUCUCCCACCUACGGCUCCACAUUCAAAGACAUGACACAGCUCGUUCGCGACAAGGGCGUGAACAUGUUGUGGCGCGGCCUCGGACCGACCCUCUGGCGCGACGUGCCAUUCUCUGGUCUUUACUGGGCCGGCUUUGAGUUUACCAAGUCGUACCUCAACUCGUCCGACUCCAUUCUGCCGCCCCUCACGCCCGUCGUCACAUCAUUCAUGUCGGGUGCCCUGAGUGGCACCGUUUCUGCCCUCGUCACGCAGCCAUUCGACGUCCUCAAGACUCGCAGGCAGGUGUUUACGCCAGCAGAAGGUUGCGCUCCCGAGGCGCUCCGCCAUCGUGCGAGCACCCUCCCACUCGCCGCACACGUGGUUCGCAGCGAGGGCCUGGGUGCACUGUUUGCUGGCGUGAUCCCCCGAUGCGCCAAGGUCGCUCCGGCCUGUGGUCUCAUGAUUGCUUGCUACGAGGGCGUUGGACGUUAUCUCGGCGGCAGCCAGCGUUAA